AUGGAAGACAAGUUUGAUGAAGGUCCGCGCAACUACAACGAUGAGUCAAGUGUCGUUGAGUUUGAUGAUCAUGAUGAGGACGAAGAAAAAGAAGAAGGUAAAACUGACGACGACAUGGACUCGAGCGACGAUGACAACGAAGACACCAGGUCUUCGAAGAGCAACAUCAAGAGACACACGCGCACUCAAUCACUUGAGAAAGCUACCGUCAUUCCAAGUCCCAAGCGAAGAACAUACAGAGGUCCGUCGCUUGAGCAUGUGUCAGCGGCUGCAAUGGAUUUUGAAGCAGCCUACAUCGUUGAUUCAGUGGGGGAAACGCCGACUACAUUCAAGUCGGCGAUGGAAUCAAGCGACUCCGGCAAGUGGAAAGAAGCGUGUGACUCGGAGUUCGAUUCGCUUCAGAGAAACGACACGUGGGAAAUCGUGCCUCUUCCGAAAGGUCGCAAGGCCAUCGGGUGCCGAUGGGUUUUUCGUGUAAAGGAGAAUCAAGAUGGCGAAGUUGAACGUUUCAAGGCAAGACUUGUGGCCAAAGGAUUCUCACAGAAAUUCGGAGUUGACUAUGAAGAAACUUUCGCACCGGUGGCCAAGUUCACAUCGAUUCGUGUGGUGCUCAGUAUGGCGGCUAAGUACGGCCUAAUGCUACAUCAGAUGGACGUCAAGACAGCGUUUCUUAACGGCUCCCUCAACGAAGACAUCUACAUGGACCAGCCGGACGGAUACCUGGAUGCAACACAGCCGGACUAUGUGUGCAAGCUAAAGAGAUCACUCUACGGCUUGAAGCAAUCGCCUCGCAUGUGGAACCAAACAAUCGAUGGGUUCAUGAUCAAGAUGGGAUUCAAGAAGUGCGAAUCGGACCACUGCAUCUACAUCAAGCGAGACGACCAAGACAUGAUUCUCGUGGUGCUCUACGUCGAUGAUCUCAUCCUGGCCAGCAGCAACAACGAACUCCUCAAGUCAACCAAGAUGGCGCUGAGCAAACGCUUCGAAAUGACGGAUCUCGGUGAGCUCGAUUACUUUCUCGGCAUGGAGAUCAAGAACGACCGUAAGACGGGAAUGGUGACUGUACAACAAACCAAGUUUCUCAAGUCCGUGUUAACCAAGUUCGGAAUGGAUAACAGCAAGCCAGUGAAGACGCCUCAAGAUCCCGGCCUGAAGCUAACCAAGAACAUGUGUGAACAAGAAUGCAAGCACGAAGACACCAUGUGCAACGUGCCAUAUCGAAGUGCUGUCGGAGGCAUCAUGUAUCUCAUGGUCGCCACACGUCCGGAUCUAGCUGCUGCAGUGGGAUCAUUAUCCCAGUUCUCGUCCGACCCAUGCCCGACUCACUGGCAAGCUUUGAAGCGUGUGCUGAGAUACCUGCAAGCAACGCCCAAUCAUGGUCUUGAGUUUACACGUGAAGAAGGAAGCCGUAUCUGCGGGUACACCGACGCAGACUGGGCCGGCGACAUUGAGUCAAGACGAAGUACAAGCGGCUAUGUGUUCAUGAUGAGCGGAGGAUGCAUCAGCUGGAAAAGCCAGAAACAACGGACGGUCGCGCUAUCUUCAACAGAAGCAGAAUACAUGGCGCUUUCCGAAGCAACCAAAGAAGCAGUAUGGCUCAAAGUGCUUUUGGGGGAACUUGGUGAGAUGACAAGCGACGAAGCGAUCAAGAUGUAUGAAGACAACCAAGGAUCAAUCGCUCUCGCCAAGAACCCGGAGUUCCAUAAGAGAACAAAACACAUCGACAUACGCUACCAUUUUGUGCGUGAGAAGGUGGAAUCAGGUGAAGUCGUUUUGGAGUAUUGCCCGACUCAAGAUAUGCUGGCAGACAUGAUGACCAAGCCGAUCGCCGCUGUACAAUUUGAAAACAUUCGCGAUCGACUUGGGAUCCAAGGUGCCGCAGCUAACGAGUCGAGAGGGAGUGUUGAAAAGACAGCGGCUGUGAAGAAGACACCUCGUCAAGCUGCGUCAAGUGUUGAAGCAAGUGGAAGACCAAGCUUCGCUAUACCGGUGGGUACCGGUAUGUACCAGUAA